AUGGGGCUGACCGUGAAGCUACUUACUGGAUGCCUUCUCCUGACUCUCUGUGUGAUGAUCAGCUCUGGCCAACACUGGUCCUAUGGCCUUCGCCCUGGAGGGAAGAGGGAUGCUGAUACUUUGAUUGAUUCAUUCCAGGAGAUGGCCAGUGAAGUGAACCAGAUGUCAGAGCCUCAGCGUUUUGAAUGUACCAUUCACCAGCCACAUUCACCACUCCGGGAUCUGAAGGGGGCUUUGGCCAGCCUGAUUGAAGGGGAAGCCGGGAGGAAGAAGGCUUAACACCGCCGGACCGAGAGAGACCCCCAACAUAUCUGUGUCAUUGAAAUAGUGACCCAUUUGAUGGUAUCACAGUAUGUGGAGAUGCAGUUGGGAGCCGCUCUGACAAAGCACGUUUCUGCCUUGAGAAUAUCCUGGACCGAAGGGUCCUUUUGGAAUAAAGUGGUUGUCAGUA